CAAAGAUUUCUGCGGAAUGCUGUGUCCCGCAGGUAACAAGCCGCUAGAAACUUGGGAAUCUACCUGCAAACCGUCCAAGAUGGGUGUUGGGCGUCGCAUGAAGAAACAGGGCCCCCCUGAGCCUCUGUCCGAAGAACACUUUGCCAGCCUCAAGCGGAAGAAGGGGCUACCUGUUGACGAUGCCCCAGCCGAAGCACCCUCGAGCAAAAAGCGCCGCACUGCGACAACCCCAGAGAAGUCUGCCAAGGGCGAGAGAAAAGAGGUCGGCAAAAAGGGGUCAAGUACCAAACAGACCGUGACACAGACAAAUGGCACCAAGAAGCCUGCUAGCUCAGCAAACUAUGACCGGAAAGGGAACAAGUCGAAGACAAAAAGGGCUGCGGUGGAGGAAUCGGAUUCUGACGAAGAGAUGGACGACGAGUUUGCUGAUUCCGACCUCAAUGAUACCAGCGGCGCCGAGUCAGACGUGGAGAAGCUCAAUGAUGACUUCCUCGGCUCCGACGAUUCAGUCUACGACUCGGACCAGGGGGGCAACAAAAAGGAGAAGUUUGUCUUCUCCGACGACGAAGAUGAUGAGGACGACAGGGAGGAAAAGUUGACAGCGGCAAAUAUUGAGGGCCUUUCGAGGAAACUGGACGAGAAACUGGCUGAGGAAGCAGCGGAAAACGAGGCGGAACUUCGUGAGGCGGCUCUACAGACCAACAUUGACGGCGACAAGCCCCACAUUCUUGGAGACGGAGACGACGAAGACGAAUUGUCGGCCAAGACAAAAAAUCUGCUAGCUCCGGAUCUUCAGAUGCUAAGAACCAGGAUAACAGAGACUAUCCGGGUAUUGGAAGACUUCUCAAGUCUUGCUGAGGAAGGACGGAGCAGGGCUGAGUACAUGAGCCAGCUGCUGAAAGAUAUCUGUGCAUAUUACGGAUACAACGAGUUCUUAGCGGAGAAGCUUCUGAAUCUCUUCCCGCCUAGAGAGGCAUUUGCCUUCUUUGAAGCCAACGAGACUGCUCGUCCGGUUGUCAUUCGCACGAAUACUCUUCGGACACAUCGCCGUGAUCUUGCGCAGGCCCUGAUCAACCGUGGUGUCACGCUGGAGCCGGUCGGCAAAUGGUCCAAGGUCGGUCUGCAAGUAUUUGAGUCCAAGGUGCCUCUGGGUGCGACGCCCGAGUAUUUGGCGGGCCACUACAUUCUGCAAGCUGCUUCUUCGUUUCUUCCCGUCAUGGCACUAUGCCCCCAAGAGAAUGAGCGCUGUCUGGAUAUGGCAGCAGCUCCGGGAGGCAAAACAACACACAUGGCCGCGCUUAUGAAGAACACUGGUGUUAUCUUUGCGAACGAUCCCAACAAGUCCCGUGCGAAAGGUCUUAUCGGUAAUAUUCACCGUCUUGGUGCUCGGAACGUAAUUGUCUGCAACUACGAUGCGCGAGAAUUCCCUAGAGUAAUAGGGGGGUUCGACAGGGUGCUACUAGAUGCACCAUGCUCCGGAACUGGUGUUAUUGCCAAAGACCCUUCGGUCAAGACCAACAGAGAUGAGAAGGAUUUCAAAGUAUUGCCGCAUACACAAAAACAACUGCUCCUGGCAGCCAUUGAUUCAGUCAAUCACGCAAGCAAGACCGGCGGUUAUGUUGUCUAUUCAACAUGUAGCGUUGCGGUCGAAGAGAAUGAACAAGUUGUCGCGUAUGCCCUUAGCCGUCGCCCGAAUGUCAAGCUGGUCGAGACCGGUCUUCCAUUUGGAAAGGAGGGCUUUACCAGCUACAUGGGCAAGGAUUUCCACCCAAGCCUCAAGUUGACGCGCAGGUACUAUCCGCAUCUGUACAACGUCGACGGGUUCUUUGUGGCCAAGUUCAAGAAAGUGGGCCCUACCCCGGCCAACGCGGUCCUGGCAAACGGCAAAAAGGACGCAAAGGCCAGCAAUACCGAUGCCACAGGCAACGACAAGGAGGAGGAGAUCAUCGAUAAGACGCCUAUCGCCGCUGAGGGAGAAGACCAGGAGGACAAGGACGACUUUGGCGGGUUUGAUGACGAGGAAGACAAGGAUUACAUGGAGCGUGCCAAGCGGAAUGCCAUGAGACGAAGAGGUCUGGAUCCCAGAGCGCUGAAGAAGGGGCAGGACAAGCAGGGUGCCAAGGAGGCUUCAAGAGAAGAGGCCAAAGGGGAAUCCACGGAAUCCAAGGAAUCGCCUAAAAAGGCGCCUAAGGAUGCUGGCAAGGAUAAGCUGAAGACGGAGAAGCCGAAGGACAAGGUCAAGGCAAGAAAAUAGCCUCAUGUACACAUGCAAGAAACUGUAUUCCCUCUUGGGACUACCACCACCGCGCGACCGAACAUGUCCAGUGUACUUGCUUCGCGUAUCACGGCCUGUGAAGCACCGCUUGGCAGUAGUCCAGUAAACCGCUUUCGCAACGAUAGUCUAAUAUCGACCAACUCUCUCACGGCCGGCGGCGACUUCAUUAUGUGUCUCAAACGGACAUAUACAAACAAACCAGAGAUCACGGUUCACAUGAUGAUCGUAACGGAACCAGCGGGCGUCUCUAUCGCCG